UACCUACCACUAUUGUAUAGAUGACUAAUUGAAUAAGAUUUGCGAAAGCAGGCCAGGCAGCUGGAGAAUGAGUUGGACCUGAAGCUUGUGUCCUUAAGUAAACUGUGUACAAGCUACAGCAGCUCCAGAGAUGGACGUCGAGGAGACAGCAACUCAGAUACUGCUCCCCUCCUCAACAACUCGACGCAGGACAGAAUGUUUGAGACCAUGUCUGUGGAGAUUGAACAGCUGCUGGCCAAACUCACAGGUGUGAAUGACAAGAUGGCUGAGUACACCAGCACCCCGGGGGUGACGUCCCUUAACGCAGCCCUGAUGCACACGCUCCAGAGACACAGAGACAUCUUGCAAGACUACACUCAUGAAUUCCACAAAACCAAAGCCAACUUCCUUGCCAUCCGGGAGAGAGAAGAUUUGCUGGGGUCUGUCCGCAAAGACAUUGAGACAUACAAGAGUGGCUCAGGAGUGAACAACAGAAGAACAGAACUGUUUCUGAAGGAGCAUGAACACCUGAGAAACUCUGACCGCCUGAUGGAUGACACAAUAAGUAUUGCCAUGGCGACCAAGGAGAACAUGACAUCCCAGAGAGGGCUAUUGAAGUCCAUACAGAGCAGAGUCAACACUCUGGCCAAUCGUUUCCCAGCCAUCAACAACCUCGUCCAGCGAAUCAACCUGCGGAAGAGACGAGACUCCCUAAUCCUGGGCGGAGUCAUCGGCGUUUGCACCAUCCUCCUGCUGCUCUACGCCUUCCACUGAUGACGGACAGACCGGUCAAAACAAUCGUUACUCUGCGUUUGUAACAUCGGAAUCAGAACUCUGGAGAAUGGGCUUUAGUGAUUGGAGGCUACUGGACAGACAGACACCCUCUUGGCCCAAUCGGUUAACAGGAUUGAUCGAAGGCAGCAUGGACUACCUGAUUUGUAUUUAGCAGUGGGAGGGAAGGAUGGAGAACGAUAUGUGAGAUGGAGCAGCACCUUUUUAUUUUUUAUCAAAAGUUUGUGCUGUUCAACUCUGGUUAAGGGAACAGAGACCAAAUGUACUGGUAUGACUAGAUUUGAAAGGAUUAAAUAUAUAUAUAUAUAUAUAUAUAAUUCUUUCAAAUCUAUUAGUACCUUGAGAUAGGCAAAAGUCAUAGGCGCAAGUCAGGCAAGUCAUAUAUAUAUAUGACUUGCCUAUCUCAAGGUACUAAUAGAUUUGAAAGAAUUAUAUAUAAAAAAAUAUAUAUAAAAAGAACACUUGCUUUAAGGAGUGUAAUGGUCUGAAGACAGACGGUGGAAACGAAAGAGGGACUGUCUGUUGAUUUCUGUGAUGGAAGGAUUUUUAGUUGAAUGGUCCUUUUUCGUGAUGGGAUAUUCAGGAGGUUCAUCAUCAUCAUGGCCUGUACAUUGUGCAUUAUUAAUAAAUUAUUAAUUUACAGUAUGUGAUACUAGG